GUCAAAGUUGUGAAAAUUUUUAUUAGGUUUUUCACAUCACGAACUCGAAUGUUAUAUUUACCUAUUUUUAUCGUUAGGAAACUAUAUAAUUUCGCUCAGGAUUUGCACUGUUUUUAACAGUGAUUGUGCAGUAUUGAGUUGAACAACGGUGGAACCGAAUCGUGGUCGAAAAGGUUCUUUAACUUAGAAUGAUGAUUAACCUAAACUCGUUUUGUUCCAAUCUCAUCGUCAUCAUCAUCGGAAGCAGCUUGUCAGCUAAUUAAAUCGCUUUCCUGUGUGCCCCCGUUUUGCUAGAAUUGUGUGCUCGGGUCUUUUCCCAACUAGCUAAGCGAAUCGGUCGAUAUGAACAGUAGUAGUAGUGACACCGGUUCGUCCUUCUGGAAGAAUAAUUCCACUAGAAUCCCAGGACGGCCAACCAUGGCCACCAGAAUGGUACCUGGAGGUGGUGUUCGAAGUGGUCCGGGUGGUUCAGCUUCUUCUGCGGGUAGCAGUUCGUUCCAGGAUUAUCAAGAAUCUGUAAGCGAUGCGUGGGAUCUGGGGGACGAUGAGUUCUGCAUAAUUUCCAACGUUGUGGACACGCCCCGAAUAUCUAGGAAAGUAUCUCAGUCUGCAGCAAUGAAUGUUAUCAAGACCCACAGGAGUGGAAGUGAUAGGGUAAGAACGAGCGAUGUGAUCGGACAUAGCAAUACAAAGACAGAUAUGCGGAGUUCCGAUGGUAGCGCAGUCAGAAGUACAAUGACCGUAGUGGAAAAUCUCGAUGGACUGAACAUUAGCCGGAAUGAUAAUACGAAUAGUGAUGGUGGCGUUGUAAAGCAGCAUAAUCAUGAUGGAAUCAGCCAUAUCAAUGAUAGUCGACUUCGGCAACGUUUUCAUGCUUACCCAGGCCGUCCACAGUUGCUAAAACUAUCCUCCAAUAUAGCGUCCAAGGAUGUGGAAUGCGAAUCGAAGUAUGAAAAAUUUACAAACAUUCUGGACGCGCCGCUUCUAAACUUGAUUGCACUGAAGGAACUAAGUUGGUCUGGCAUUCCGCGAAAGAUGCGAGCGGUCACGUGGCGAUUGCUAUCGGGAUAUCUGCCAACAAGCUUGGAACGAAGAAAUACUGUCCUCGAGCGAAAACGGGUAGAUUAUCAGAAGCUAGUUCAACAGUACUUCCACGUCGACAACCGGGACGAAACACAGCAGGACACGUACCGACAGAUCCACAUCGAUGUGCCGCGAAUGAAUCCACAUGUUUCACUAUUCCAGCAGCAUUUGGUUCAAGAAAUGUUCGAAAGAAUUCUCUUCAUCUGGGCCAUUCGACAUCCAGCGUCGGGAUAUGUUCAGGGUAUCAACGAUCUUGUCACACCAUUUUUCAUAGUCUUCCUUCAAGAGUCUGUGGGGGCUGAUAAGGAUCUAGAACAGUGCCAACUGGGGGAUCUUCCGCAGGAUCAGCGGGAUGUUAUUGAGGCGGAUGCUUUUUGGUGUCUGUCCAAGUUUCUAGACUGCAUUCAGGAUAAUUACAUAUUUGCCCAGCUGGGCAUACAGGAGAAAGUUAACCAGCUGAAGGAAUUGAUCCAGAGAAUCGACGGUACGCUCCAUCGCCAUCUGCAGUCGCACGGUGUCGACUAUCUGCAGUUCUCCUUCCGAUGGAUGAACAACCUACUAACACGUGAACUGCCACUGUACUGUACGAUUAGACUGUGGGACACCUACCUGGCCGAGUCCGACGGAUUCGCCGUGUUCCAGUUGUAUGUGUGUGCCGCAUUUUUGCUGCACUGGCGCGAGCAGCUACUACAGGAAAAGGACUUCCAGGGUCUGAUGCUACUGUUGCAGAAUUUGCCCACCCACAGCUGGAUGGAUUCGCAUAUCGGUGUGCUGGUGGCGGAAGCGUUCCGCCUCAAAUUCACCUACGCCGACACGCCGAAGCACCUGGAGGGCAAAAGUUGACAACAUCACAGCGACCGCAACUACAACUACUGUAAAAAUUAUCUCUAUAAGUUUAUCUGAGGUGAGCGAUCGGUGCUGAACAUCGGAACCUCGGUUCGUUCGUUCUUUCGUUCGCUAACCAAUUUAACGUUUCGGUUGCCUGUCUUCGAGGACGCCUGCGCGUGACGAGCUAACGCAAAACCUGUAGUUUCAAAAACACAUUUUAGACCAACCUAUAUAGGAUGCAUACCUUUUUCGACUAGUUUUGGUAUAGAUAAUCAGAAGAAACAAAAAAAAAACAGAAAACCAUUAGUUUUUUGUACAUAAGGAUCCUUCCUUGGGAAGCAAAAAAAAUCGAAUUGAAACGUAUAAAAAUAGAAAGGGAAAAAUAAAAGGUUUUUUUCAAAAUUUUCCCCAGUUUUGUCGAUGGUAAUAAAGUUCAGUCACCUGAAUAAGACGCCAUUAACAAACUACUAAAAAAUGUUAUCGAGGUUUACUACGAAAAUUACAGUUAAUGAUUUGUAUCACUAAAAUACAACGGUGCGGCAAUGCAGUUUUUAAGAUUUACAUAGUGUUAUACUAGAAAAAUAAUUGUAUGAAAUAAAUCAGGAAAGCAAAUCGAAAACUGACCUUUUGAAAUUCAAACAUAAUGAUACCGUUUAUAGAAAUAAUUACGAAUAUAUAAUUAAAACCAACUGUAUACAUA